AUGGUAGAUUGCAGCUGUCAAACCCUCUUGAUUGCUGUUUCAGGAGUUCCAGAUGUCACCACCGUGCACGUGUUGCCUGAGUGGGUGGACACUUGGGAUGGAUGCAAGGCGCUUGAGGAUGAGCUACAAGUCCUUAUCGUUUUCGAGAGGCUUCGCGGACAAUCUGCUUUUUCCCAUGGGCACCUUGCAGGCUUGCCAUACAAACAGAUGAACUCUGAAGGCCAAGAAUUUGAAAAGUACCAGCCGGUGAUCGUCAAGAAGAUAUCACCCGGAGGUACCCGAGUCCAAGUGACGUGGUGUUUUGACGGCUUGCUGAAAGACGAGGAUUCCUCCAAACUGCAAGCGGCAGUCCGAGUGAGCAUCAUGGGCACGCAGCAAAGCAGGGCGAAAGCAGUGCUGCGAAUCCUGAUGAGUGCAGAUCAGGGCGCGCAGGGACUCCUGGCCUCCCAACUGGAGGCUCUGGAAAAGGCGGGUGACGUCUUUGGUUGUGAUGGUGGCCCUGGAAGUUAUGGCCUGCAGAAGUUUGACAUGAUGGUGGACACUCCCCAUGUCAGGAAGUUUAUGCGGUUUCUUGGAGCUUGCUUUUUUUUUUUGAUUGAUUUGGACAACAUACUUCAUACUUUAGUUUUUUAUUGGGAAUGGUGUUUUGUACCAGUAAGAUCGGGAUAUCACUGGCUGGUGGUUUGGCAUACGAAUGGUGUUGCCACCCCCACAUUUAUGUGGGCCGAAGAUCGACAUAUACUUCGUAUGUUUUGGAUGGGUUGA